CCGGAAUCAGCUGUCAAAGAAAGUAGCGACACAAGUGUAAGCAACGGAUUUGGAAAGAGAGAUGUCAAGAGCAUGUGAACAACACUAAAUGCUUGCUUGUGUGCUUUGAUUUAAUACAUCCGUGAAGAUGCCUGUGGUGUCAUCUGGGGUCAAGGAGCUGUACCUGUCCACAUCUCUGGGUGACCUCAACAAAAAGGCUGAAGUCAAGCCAGACAAGAUAAGCACCAGAAGCUAUGUACAGAGUGCCUGUAAAAUCUUCAAGGCGGCAGAGGAGUGUCGUCUGGACAGAGAUGAGGAGAAAGCUUAUGUCUUUUACAUGAAAUAUUUAACAGUACAUGAUCUCAUCAAGAAAAGACCAGACUUCAAGCAGCAACAGGAGUAUUAUGUGUCUAUGCUCGGACCAACCAGCUUUAAGAAAGCCAUUGAAGAAGCUGAAAAACUCUCAGAAAGUCUCAAACUCAGGUACGAGGAAGUUGAGGUUCGAAAAAAGCUUGAAGAGAAGGAGAGACAAGAGGAAAAGAAGAAGAAGGAGGAAAUAACUGAGAAAGAUGGUGGUCGAGCCUCUCCUAAGAGAUUGUCAGCAAACAAGAAGGACAGCAAGAGGGUGAAAGGAGAGCAGAAUGAGUUGAAAAGCACACCCUCAAAAGCACUACCAGGACCUGCUGGAGGUAUCACCGCCGAGAAACUUUUCCACAUGAUGAAGGAACAGACAAUAACAGUCAUAGUGAUGGAUGCCCGUAGCCACAGAGACUUUGAGGACUCUCACAUUCAGGUCCCAGCCCAGAUCUGCAUUAGUGUGCCUGAGGAAACCAUCACCCCUGGAAUCACUGUGAAUCAGAUUGAAGUGAAGCUGCCGGAGGUGUCCAAAGAGCAAUGGAGACGACGAGGAUUUGUGGACUACAUAGUCCUAUUGGACUGGUUCAGCUCCAUUUGUGAUCUCAAACUGGGCACCACCCUGCAGAGCCUCAAAGAUGCCCUCUACAAGUGGGACAGCAUCACCAUCCUGCGCAGUGAGCCCUUGGUGCUAGAAGGAGGCUAUGAAAACUGGCUGCUGUUCUACCCCAUGUUUACCACUAAUGCUAAAGUGCGGCCCCCAAGACAGAACAUCACUAACACCCUCCCUCAGUUAAACUUCAGUUACCCAUCCCUAGAGGAACCAAAGCCUCCAAUUCCACCUGAACCAGAGCCUGAGUCUGCCCUUGAGCCCCAGGUCCCUUCAGCCUCUCCGCAGGUGAAUGGGGUCGCUCCAACAGAGCAGUCCAUCCCAGAAACCUCCAUGGUAGCAGAAAGAUUGCCAGACGCCAUAGAUUCUCCUACCACAGGCUCCACAAAGUCUGGGCUGGAUCUAUCCAAGAAGGUCCCCAUGACGGGUGCACCUAGCCAGUCAGCUGCAACAACCAAAGUCAUCCCACAGAUUGACCGCACCAAGAAGCCCUCUUUGCAGGUGUCAGACGAGGCCAAGCCAAGCCAAAAUGGUCAAGCCAAGGAUCCAACCCAGAAUGGCCCAUUUGUCCCAGACCGCUCGUCUAAACCGCCCUUGAAUCCCAGCACCUCACUGUCUCAAGAGGAACAGAGCCAGAUUCACUCUGAGGCAGCUGCUCUGAUGGAGAAGGCAAGACAGGAGCAGGAGAAACGCAUCCAGGAGCGCCGUGCUGAGGAGGAGCGGCGAGAGAAGGAUGCAAAGGAAAGGCUUGAAAGGGAGGACAGUGAAAGGAGGAAGAAGGAAGAGGAGGAAAAGGGACAUCGGGAGAGAAAGAGACUGGAAAGACAGAAGGCAGAAAAGGAGGAGGAGGACGAGGAGGAGGAGAAGCAGAACAAGGUUGGGGGUGAGAAGGCGAAGAGGGGUAGAGAACAGAACUCUGACACACCUUCCAAAAGUGUGUCGAUGGACUCACCUGUUCCCCACCACAUUGUCAAUGAAAUCAAGAGAGAACCGCUUACCAGAGCCAGGAGUGAGGAGAUGGGAAGGAGUGUGCCAGGCUUGCCAGAGGGCUGGAUGAAGUUCCUGGACACAGUGACGGGUACCUACCGGUAUUACCAUUCCCCAACCAACCGUGUCCACCUGUACCCUCCUGAGGUAUCCAUUCCUCAGACUCCUCCCUCCACGCCGCCCACAUCCAAACAGAAGCCACCACGAACAGCGGAGCCAGACCCUAACCGAGAGCGGGAGCAGGAACAGUCCAAACUCAAACGCUCAUAUUCCUCGCCAGAUAUCAGUCAGGACCUCAGAGAGGAGGCCCAGAGGAAGGCUACUGCCCCCACCACUGCUUCCAUACCCACGAUUAACAGAGAGACCAAACCUGCCAGUGCUAAAGUCUACACUAAAGUGGAGAUUGCUCGACCAUCGGCUGCCAAAAUUCGCAACCUGAACCCCAUUUUUGGGGGUCUGGGUGCCUCUCUAACCGGCCUGCGUAAUAUGGGCAACACAUGCUAUAUGAACUCCAUCUUGCAGUGUCUAUGUAACACUACUUCCAUGGCUGACUAUUUCAACAAGAACUAUUACCUGGAGGACAUCAACAGGGCCAACAUCCUGGGUCACAAGGGGGAGGUGGCAGAGGAGUUUGGUGUGAUUAUGAAGGCCCUGUGGUCAGGUCUUUACAAGUUCAUCAGUCCACGGGACUUCAAGAUCACCAUCGGCAAAAUCAAUGAUCAGUUCUGUAGUUAUGACCAGCAGGACUCUCAGGAGCUGCUGCUGUUCCUGAUGGAUGGCCUGCAUGAAGACCUCAAUAAGGCGGACAACAGGAAACGUUACAAGGAAGAGGACAACGACCACCUGGAUGACCAGCAGGCAGCAGACCUGGCCUGGAGCAAACACAAGCUGCUUAAUGAGUCCAUUAUUGUAGCACUGUUUCAGGGACAGUUUAAGUCCACAGUACAGUGUCUCACCUGCCACCGCAAGUCACGCACCUUUGAGACCUUCAUGUACCUGUCCCUGCCCUUGGCCUCGACCAGCAAGUGCUCCCUGCAGGACUGCCUGAAGCUAUUCUCCAAGGAGGAGAGGCUGACUGACAACAACAAGGUGUUCUGCAGACACUGCAAGGCCCAUCGUGACUCCACAAAGAAAUUGGAGAUCUGGAAGGUCCCCCCCAUUGUCCUGGUGCACUUAAAACGAUUCUCCUACGAGGGCCGAUGGAAGCAGAAGCUGCAGACAACUGUAGACUUCCCCCUCGACAGUCUGGACCUGACCCAGUAUGUCAUUGGACCCAGGCAAAACCUUAAGAGAUACAGCCUUUAUGGAGUUUCUAAUCACUACGGGGGAUUGGAUGGAGGCCAUUACACAGCCUACUGUAAGAAUGCCCAUAAACAGCGCUGGUUCAAGUUCGAUGACCAUGAGGUGUCUGAAAUCUCCACGUCUUCUGUCAAGUCCUCUGCUGCCUACAUCUUGUUUUAUUCUUCUCUGUGACGGUGCCAGGAACCAUGGGACACAGGAUGACAUACUACACUAUUGCAGCAAUGCUCAAGGCUAUAAGCUGUAAUAUUAUCGCAAUUCUGAGGACCUGUUAUUGAAGGUUACAGAGCUAGACAUAAAUGCGUUGACCUGUGGGCACGUGUAUGUUUGACCAGAGUGUGCUUGACUAAGUCGGUAUGAAAUCCAGCCUGUUCCUGGAGUUGAGAAUGAUGCAGGCACUACCCAAUGCUUCAGCUACUCCAGGAUCUCAUAGCUGUUAAAACAUGCCGUUUAUUCAUAGUACUGAUCAUUAAGCAAUCCACUGAGACUAAGAGAUACUCUUAUUAACAACUUAGAUACCCUAACAGUUGUGUGUGGUAGGAUUGGACGCUGGUUCAGAUGCUCCUUAAUUUCUUGUUUCUCUUUCACUUUGUGGACAGCCUAUACUUGCGGAUCUGGUCUUUAGUUUCUCUGUAUGGUGGCUAAAAGUUAGAUGGCUUAUACAUACCCUACCAAUUGCUGAUAUUGCACAUUUAACAUGUACAUAUAUGUGAAGGCAAGGUUUUCAUCUGUAAAGUGACCAAAAAACUUUUUUUUUUUUAGUGUAGCGGCCAUCUUGCUAACACCAUGUUUAUGAAGACGAAGUAUUUGAGUUUAGGGUGUUCUUUUUCUUGUUUUGUUUUGUUUUGUUUUGUUUUUUGUGCUCUUAAAGGAGGUAGAAGAGGCUGCCUAAUGUCAGUAUGGAUUUUGUUCCCUCUUGGAGUGAAUUGAGCUCAUGCUUGUUUUUAUUAGCCACAUUCUGUAUGAAUAUCUAUGACACACUUGCCCAAAAUGCAACAGUUUCAAGACAUUUGGUUAGAACAUGUUGUAUGAAGCAGACUGUAAUGCUUAAGAAGAGUUAAACCUUUCGACUUAUGUCAAUGCUGAAAACUUGUUAAUCUCACUUGUUCUGUGCACCGAGGGUCAGUUUUUCUAAAUUAUCAGGUGAACUAACUGUUAUCGGGACUAUGAUUACUUUUAACACUCAGUACCCACCUGAGAGAAAAGGGCCGGCCCAGUUGUAUGGAAGCUGACUGACUGUCCCAGACCACAGCAAGCACAAAUUAUAAUUAGAGUAUUCCCCUGAGAAGCAACAGAUGAGAGGUCACAUGAUAAAACACUCUACUGACCAAGUAUAACAUUUCCCUGUCAAGCAUGAGAUCAUAUUGUAUUUUUCUUGUAAAUGUUGAUUUUAUUUCCUAAUGCUCUAAAAUUGUUCUUAUAUAACAAUUAUAUUAACCUUAGAUAACUCAUUACUAUUCCCAUUUAAUAAAUCUGCU